CACCGGGUCAGCAGCCCGCUGGCGCUCCCGCGGUCCUGGUCGCCGUCGCCUCCGCCGCCGGAUUCCCGCAGCCGCUACGCGUGAGCCGGACUCCGCCUGGAUCUGCACAACCCUCCGCAGCUCCUGCCGCCACCCUCCUCGGCGCCCUUCCCCUGGCCCUCGUCCCCCCAAUGUCUGACUCUGAUUCUCGGACUGAGAAACGCAAGAAAAAAAGACCAAAUGGCCAAGCAACCUUCUGAUGUAAGUUCUGAGUGUGACAGAGAAGGUGGACAAUUGCAGCCUGCUGAGAGGCCUCCCCAGCUUAGGCCUGGGGCCCCUACCUCCCUACAGACAGAACCGCAAGGUAAUCCCGACGGCGGCGAAGGGGACCGCUGCCCCCACGGCAGCCCUCAGGGCCCGCUGGCCCCACCGGCCAGCCCUGGCCCUUUUGCUACCAGAUCCCCACUUUUCAUCUUUGUGAGAAGAUCUUCUCUGCUGUCCCGGUCCUCCAGUGGGUAUUUCUCUUUUGACACAGACAGGAGCCCGGCACCCAUGAGUUGUGACAAGUCAACACAAACCCCAAGUCCUCCUUGCCAGGCCUUCAACCAUUAUCUGAGUGCAAUGGCUUCCAUAAGGCAGUCUCAGGAGGAACCUGAAGACAUGCGCCCGGAGAUAUGGAUUGCGCAGGAGCUGCGGCGGAUCGGAGAUGAGUUCAACGAAUCUUACACUAGGAGGGUAAACAAUUACCGAGAGGCCGAAGACCACCCUCAGAUGGUUAUCUUACAACUGCUACGCUUCAUUGUGCGUCUAGUAUGGAGAAGGCAUUGACAGGGUCUUCACGCAGCCGGGAUAAAUGGUGGACAUUGCUCUUGUUCAGACCGGUGGUACCGCAGCCCCGGACCUCCUGGUGCCAUGACGAUGCAGCCAGUGGUUCUAACUCAGCGGCGCGAUGAGGGCCGACCGCACACAUGUGAACUCAAGCUUCCUGUUCAUCACCACAUGGCAGAAUUGCCGGUAGACAAUUGUUGUGAAUGUAAGAGAGGGCGCUUCUCUUUUUAAUGUACAGAUGCUGGGUCUUUGGAGAAAAGCUUAUGCAAGAAAGGUGUUUACAUGUGGUGUGUUUAAUAUUUUUUUUUUAAAUCCACUUUCUUUGGUAACUUUUAUUUUGCUUGAGAAAGAAAAACUUUUUAGUCAACUUAUGGAUGAUUUUCAUACUAAAAUUCUUAAGAAGCUGUGGGCCACCCGGAAGAUGACAUAAGCCCGCAGUGGGAACUGAGCUGGCCGAUGUAUAAGGCUGCCUGAGUUGCUUUUGAAAGAUUACUGUACAGAAUUUUUAAACAGAGAGUGGUGUUACCCUCUCUCCUCUGCCACAGCUUCUUUGGUUUCCUUUUUUUAUUAUUACUACCAAAACAGUUCUUAUGUAAUGGAAUGGAUUAAAGUGGCAGAGGGUCUGUUUUGGUAUGCCACUUCCGUUUUGUAAAUAUUGACCUUUUCGCUCAGUUGCUUCCAUGGCAAAAUUGCUCGCUUUUCGUGUUUUUUCCUCAACUCCUCAGUCUGUCUGUACACUGUUGGCCCAGGGUGUUUUCAUGAUGAAAUGUGUGUAGGUCAGUAAGGGCUAAGGACCUGGGUUGUCCCCAGCUCCAUCUCUCAAGCUGACUCAUGGGAAGGGCUCUUGUCACUUCAUCGUGGUGGGUUUGUUUAUCUCUUUUAUCCUGAGGGAACACAGACUCACAUGCCACUUACUGACGCUGCCAGCUCUUCUGGCUGCAGGCUCUGCCGAAGUCGUAGGCUCUGUGGGCUCCAGCGCACACAGUGAAGCGGAGGCGGAGCCCACACUUUCUUAGGGGUUGGCCGGGUCAUUUCAGGAGCAAGGGGCUCAGGUGAUCAUUUCCCGUGCUUCUUGGUAUUUAGCCCUGCUCAUCCCGUCUGGCCUGUGAUGGAACUUCGUCACCGUUCCCUUGAACUCACCUUGCAUUAGGGGGCUGGCUUUACUUCAUCAGUUUCCAUACAUAGGAAACCUCUGACACACCAAGGGAAGCACGCAUCUUCCGAAGAACGGGUGCCUGCUUUGCUCUCUCCGUUUUAACAGUCAGAUCUUUGUUGGGCCAUCUGUGUCUGGGGUGGGGGGUGCUCUUUCUUGGUACCUGCCCCUUAGGACCACAUGCACCAGAAGCCCACGCACUGGUCAGUCAUUUCAGGAGCAGGCAGGACCCGAGGUGUGGGUAUAGCCUGGUGGAGGAGCACUUCCCUAAGGGGUGCAGAGGCCCUGGGCCCCAUCCCCAGCGCCUCCUAAAACAAACCACAUGCUUGCAGCCAGGGAAGAUGCAAAAAGAGGACAAAGAGGAAAGAACCUGGGAGGGCUGGGAGGAGCGGCGAGCCCUCUGACUUGAGCAAUCGUCAGACAUCAGGCAGCUUGCUUAAAGAACUGUGUGAGUUUCCAAGCGAGUGGGCAGUGCCAACAACUGUGUUUGUUUGGAUUUGCCCUGCGGAGGGCCAGUGUUUUUAUGUAUAGAAAAAAAUCCAUUCAUUUCUAUUUUCCUAAGUGUGUGUGUGUGUGUGUGUGUGUGUUUGUAUAUGUAUGUGUAUAUAUAUAUAUUGUCUAUAUGCUUUUCCUUCUAGAUUGAGAUCAUUUUGAAUACAAAUAAUCUUUCUUUUGAAACCACACUUUCCCAGCUUCCUUAGAUUUGUAAUAGUUUGAAAGCUGUGUUGGCAUUCACCUCCUGUCCUGAUGUGUUGAGCCUGCUCAUGGCUUCCCAUGCGGCUCCUGGUUGUAAGGCGGUGUUAAAAGUGCAACCAUGGUUCUGCUACGUGUACACACACACAGACACACACACACACACACACACACACACACACACACACACACACACCAAAGACAGAGUUGGUUCUGGGCCACCCCCGUCCUAGGACCUCCAUUCCCAUGUGCCAGUCUCUGCGACUGGAGCACUUUACUGUCUCAGCCCUGUGGCUCUGGUACUGCCUGGGCAGGUACAGAGGCUCCCAGAGCCGGGUGCCAGUGGCAUGUGUGGCCCCUCAACCAUGCUUUUACCUCUCUGGCCCAUUGGCCUCCAGCCUGGGGGGGGGGCGAGGCUGGCCACUAAGGCAAUUCACUGGGAAAUAAGAGAUUCUGUGAAUUGUAGAAGUAUUCAAGAACAGGAUGCAGCACCCGGAACGUCAUCGUGAUCGGAUGUCCUGUACUGUAUCUGUUUUCUUAAAAUCUCAACGGCUUCUGCGCAAAGUGCGUCUGCCUCCUGUGGGUAGACUGUCGUACUUAUUUGUUAUUUUGUCAUUAUCUCUCUCUCUCUCUUUGGUAGAACAGAAACUAGAUCCCCUUCCCCAUUCUGUGUUUGUCUGUCUGUGCGUGUGUGUGUGUGUGUGUCUGUGUGAAAACAUCAUGCGGGUUUUGUGCCUUGACAGCCUCCCCAUGUGAGGUUUGUAAAAAGUGUCCUGUGACUUCACCCCAACGUGGAAUAAACACAAAAUGACUUCCUGAGUGAUUCUUCAUAUUUUCUUCCCAGAAACAAGUUGAUGAAUUCGGGGGGGAAGGGGUGCUGAAAAAUCAGUUUCAAGUCUUUAAAAUAUGUAAUGGGUAACUACGCUUCUGUUUCCUCUUAGUGUUGUAUAUAUUUUGACUAUUUAUUAGGUUAGGAAGUCCAUGUUUUUAUUCAUCAACUGAGCCAAAUGUCUGUGUGCAAUUAUGUUUCCCUUACCUUUCUUUGUAAAAUUUUGUACAGCAUAAAGGAGUAAAAAACAAAAAUCACUGUUUUUCUAAACUUCUCAGAAUUAAGGGUUGUAAAUACCGUAGGUUCUUUUUCUGUGUAAUGUGCCCUACUGUUUCAUAAUGCUGUAACUUGUAGAGAUGUAUAUUUAUUUUCUGCUUAUUUAAUGUCUUAAGUUCUUAAAAGUGUUGACAUCCCUGUCCCCCAAUCCCCUGCCACCCCAUGAAUCGCUUCAGCUCCUGAGGUGGGGGCAAUGACUGGGUUUGUUCCCGAAGGUGGUCUCUGCUCUGGCUCCUGGCAUUCAGUUCUUGGGUUCUGCUGCCUUUCUGAUGAGUAUUUCACUGCCAGUGAGAUGCCCUAGAUGUGGUAGGCUGGAAGACUGGACUCUUAAAAAAAAAAAAAAAAAAAAACAUCAAAUCCAUUUGUAAAGCAGCUGGCUUCUGAGGAAAACAGAUUUACCAAUAAGUUGACCAUAUCUUUAAAGAAGUAUUAGCAGCAGAUGGGGAAGAUUUUUUUUUUUUUUAAUUGAAAGAGUAUCUUUGACAACUCAGUGUUGAGAGAAAUAAAAUUCUGCCACUUCUUGAGGUGCUGUUGUGUGGCUGUCCUGGGUCAGAGAGGGGCAGGAAGGGCCUGUUUCUAGAGCAUUUGCCAAGGACACCUGUCUCAACAGGGCACUGCUGCAUGGUUCCUAUGUUUUGAGGUCUGUGGACUAACCUAGGCCAGUCAGCUCCUGCAGGUCCGUGACCUUGCACCAACUCUCCCAUUUUUCUUGAGAGGUUGGAGUCCCCACCAGCCUGGGUGUCAAGAUGGAAGAGCUCCCUGAAACUCUAGGGGCGCGUGACUUCAUGCUGAUGGCUCUGUCCCCCCUGCUGAGUUAGCCCGGUGCCUGUGUGGGGCUACCCCGUACAGCUAUGUUCAGGUCGCUUCCACACAUGUUCCUAAGUCAGCGGGGAAUCCUUCCUAAACAGCCUUGCACAAAGCACCCUCAAGUUUCCAGCAAAGUACUUGACCUCUUUUAUUUGGGAAUUCCAAACUCUAAUCUAAUAGUUCAAAUAGGUUUUCCUGUCUAGAUUCUGUGACCAGCGGUCGCUGUAUCCAGACGUGUCAGGUACCCUUUGAUAAACAGCACUGACCUCUGUAUAGUGCCCCAUCACUAACGAACCCAGCGUAUGUAGCAUUUGUUCUUGCAGUUUCCCUGGCUUCCUUUAUGUUUUGCACUGAUGAAUUUUGACAGGGUAAUUGCCACUCUACUUGUGCAAUACUGCUGUAAAUAACUGCAGAUUUUUUAAAGAAACUCAAUCUUUUAUGUUCUUAAUGAAUUUUAUAUGAAUAAAACUUGCGACUAGCUUUCGUGAA